AUGUUACCGUUCAACAACUAUUGCAUCAUUUGUGAUCAAUUGAUUACCCCAGGUAAAAAGAGUAGUAUUAAUCCCUCUCUCGACAACGAAAAACUGUACUGUUCCCCACAGUGUAAAGAGAAAGACUACUCGAUCUUAUCUAGUGAGAAUACAAUGAUCCAAAAAGUAAGAAACAAAACCCACCAGUACGACUUAGAAAACCGUGCUAUAACUAUAACAACCUCUGCUAGCGAGGACACGAGCACUACACUGUUGGAGCCAAUUGACCCAAUUAUCACAUCUCCUCUGCUACAGCCCUUCCCUGAUAACACUGAGGAUGGUAGUAACGGGGAUGAAUAUCUCUUCGAUUAUAUCAACUUGACGAAGACAGACGACCACAAACAUAAAUAUUCGAUCCCUAAGAUACUACUGUUAGAUAACGCGGGGGGAGCCGCUACAGCGGAAAAUUACUACAAGUCGUGGCUCAGCAAUAAAAGCUUCACCACAUACAUUUCAUAA